GGGGUUGUGGCUGUGGGCGCAUGCGCCUCGCCGUGCGCAUGCGUGUGGGCGCCGCCGACGGCUUCCGGGACGCGGGGCUUGGCGGGACUAGGCGGCGGCGGGGUGGCGCCGCCUCUGCCUGCGGCCAGCGGGUUCAGGCACAACCCUGUAAUCAUUGUCCUGCCUUGCUUUGUGUGAGGCUGCUUGGGUGUGUCCGCGCGAGUAGGCUGGCUUUAAAAAUAAGAGCUGUAUGUCGUGUUAGUGGGGAUAACAGCUCUGCCGCUUCGGCACAACUAUAGGUGUUCGAAGAAAUAGGAAAUAGAAAUGACUAACCGAGAAGAAGCCGAGAUACAAAUUUCUGAAUUAGAUUUACUCUCUAGCAUGUUUCCUUAUGAAGAGGAGUUCGUUGUGACUGACCAGCUGGCUGUAGCAGAACUGAAACACUAUGUUGAAAAUCAGUCUGCAGAGGUGCCGUCUUCAAAAGUUCAAUUUACGCUGAAUGUAAAGGCAGAGGUCCCUGAUGCCUCUACGGUGGAGUUUUCUAUGUGCUGUGCUUUACCAUUUAAAUAUCCAGCUGUUCUACCAGAAAUUACUGUGAGGUCACCUCUAUUAAGCCGCUCUCAGCAGAUUCACCUGAACUCUGAUCUAAAAACAUAUUUGAUGCAAAACUGCAGUGGUGAGCCUUGCAUGUUGAGUGCAAGAGAAUGGGUUAAGGAUCAUGCAGUUGCUUACAUUGAGAGAGAGCUUUCAUCUUCCUCAGUGACGACACCAGAUGCCAUGCAGUCAAAAGACAUCAUUUUCACUAGAUUAUGGAUCUAUAGUCAUCACAUCUACAACAAGCAAAAAAGAAAGAAUAUUAUUGAUUGGGCCAAGGAGCUCUCUCUGUCAGGGUUUUGCAUGCCGGGGAAACCAGGUGUUGUUUGUGUAGAAGGUCUGCAGAGUGGUUGUGAAGAGUUCUGGUCAAGAAUUAGAAGAUUAACCUGGAAGAGAAUUUUAAUUCGUCACAGAGAAGAUGUUUCUUUGGAAGGUGGAGGACGUGCUGAGAUUCAGAAACAAAGAAAGUUCUCCACUUUGGAAGAAAAAUGUUUUGAUGCACAUGGUUCCAGAGGAAAUCAUAUGGAUUUGGGGCAGCUGUAUCAUUUUUUAGAAGAAAAAGGAUGUGCUGACAUUUUUCAAAUGUACUUUGGAGUUGAAGGACAUUAGAUUGCUACAGGUCCCAGUGCCUAUGUUUGUAAAUUAAUCCUUAAAAGAGAUUCUAUAGCUUUUCUGCAACAGUUGAUCAGCAAAGGGAUUAAUAAUUUUUAUGUUAUAUGAUGAAUCCAGUUUUCCAUGAAAACGAAUAUUCAGUGAAAUCUUGAAUAAUGAAAAGGACUAAAUCAAUGCUUUACUAGAGCUUUGGGUUUUAAGAUCAUUAGAGUAUGUACCUAAUUACAAAGCCAGAAAAAAUGUUUGAUAACCUACUGGGCAGAGUUCCAGAACACGGAAUUAUACUGAAUAAAUACCUGACUAGGAAGAGACAAAAAUGAAGUGUAGAUAUCUCAGGAAAGAAAUACUGAUGUUUACAUUAUUUAUUACUCUGUUUAUGUACACUACAUGAAGACUUUUUGGUAACAGUCUUUUUUUCUUUCUGUCUGAAAGUAUAUUCUGUCAUGAUAUUAAUAUAUUUUUAUUAAAAAAAAAAAGAGGGCAGCUUCACAAAAGUCUUAGUCAUGUGAAUAGUUUCACUGAAGGUAGGAUACCUAUUAACAGGAGAAAGAAUUUUCCAUAGAUAAAAAUGUGUGCAGGUAAGAAAGAUACUGUGGUGCCUCCACUACAUUUGUGGCUGAGGAGUCUAGUCUGUUGAUUACUCAUGUUACAGUAGAAACUUACCUAGGAUUGGGCUCUUUUACAGUACACUCCAAAAUAUUAAAAUAAUCCUUACCCUACUGAGUUUACAAAUUUGCAGUGCUCUAAUUUAAAGUGUUAAUUUAAUGCUACAUAUGUUUUUAGUCUGAUUUCAACAAAUUCAUAUCUUAAGAUAUGAAGGCUAGUUUUCUUUUGUUUCUGUGUUCAUGGUUUCUGUAUCUAAAUCAUAUGUGUCAUAAAAAGCAGACAGUGGUUACUAAUGUUAAUAUUGCUGUGUAAAUGCAGUCAACUUCUUACCUUUCAAAUCUCAUGUGUGGACUUUGUUAGACACUUUUUGUGGUGGUAUUUUGCAGUGAUUUCAUUCAACAAGUGCAGGAUUGCUCUGUUUGAAACCUUGACAAAUUGUCAGUCCUUGUAACUUUGCAGGAGUAGUGCAGCUUAUCAGAAGGACCUAAGACAUGCUAGAAGUCUCAGUGCAUUAAGACAUAUUGACAGAAACUUCGUUCAAAGAUAUUUCAGAUAGAUUAUUUUAAUGCUGUAAUUUUCACAAAAGUGAUUAUUAAUUGUGCAUGGUGUUAAAAUUUUUAUUUUUUGUAUUUUUUUCUGUCAGUAAUCAUCUUCUACAGGAGUAUCUUUUUUUAAAGGAAUAGGCUUGGAAAAAUAUGUUCAAAAUAAAAGCAGCUAUGCACGUUCUUA